CAGUGCAGGACGGCCUCCUCCACAGCGUGUCUGAGCGGUUUGAGCAAAAUGAAACAUGGAUGAGGAGGUCGCCGAAAGUUGGGAGGAAGCUGCUGACAGUGGGGAAAUGGAAAAACGGUUAGAAGAGAAGCUAAGGAUCAGCCAGAAAGAAAAGGAGUCCAGUAACAAUUCUUCACGAUCUCCUUUGAAGACGACCAUGGUCAUACAGGACGAGUCUCUACCAGCGGCCCCCCCACCUCAGAUACGCAUUUUGAAGCGGCCUGCAAGUAACGGCUCGCUGGGAUCGCCCUUGAAUCAGAACAGGCCUACUCCACAGGUCAAGUCUCUGGCUCAGCGUGAGGCAGAGUACGCCGAGGCCAGGAAGAGAAUACUGGGCAGCGCCUGCCCAGAGGAGACGCCUCAGGACAAGCCCAACACUGACAGGCCAGGGCGCAAUAACUCUACAUCGCCUUCAGAGGACACCCGAUCAAACAAUCACACUGUCCGGCAGCCAUCCGGACCAGACGGCACCCAUGGGUUCCGACAGCACAGAUAAGUGGGCCCCGGGGCCACCCAGCCAUCGAGAGGAGAGAGAUCAAGGACCUCCUGAGAGCAAAGACAGUACUGUAUUCUUAAGCUUCCUUCCUUCAGUUCCAUUAUAUCAGAUGGGCAGUGAAUACAGCCGCACUGCUGCUCAACUCCUCCCACCAGCAGCAGUGUGGAACUGACAGGGAGCGAGGAACUCCAGGAGGAAGUCAGAUACGCUCUUUUCUCUCCCCGAUCCAGUCUGUUUGACACUGUGAUUAUGGACAUUUUCUGGACUCACUGUGAUGAUCCCUUUAAAAGACGCCCCUCACCUCCAUCUCUGUCCUCCUCUGGUUCCCAGGAUGUGUGCAAGGCAGCGGCAAAGACUUUAUCAAAGGAUGGCAGAGAGGGGAGGAGAUGUGAUGGGCCAUAACAAAAUGAGAUGAGCUGGUACUUGUGCAGCAGCUUCUCCCCAGCAAUAAUACCACACACCACUUCUCACACCUUUCAUGUUUUUAAUUUUUCUGAUGUUGGCUCACUAAAUUUUUAUCUUUUAGGGAUGCUCUGAUAUCUACCGAGUACAGAUAGAAGUAGUAACGUUAUACACACACCACCAAGGACCUGCUCAUUACAACAGCAUUUAAUUUUGGCAUUUAAAAAAAAAAAAAAAAAAAAAACUUCUGCAGUUUUCUGUGAAAUGGGAAACAUUCGAAAUUUUCCCCAUUUGUUUUGUGCUAAAAAUGUUCUCAAGAUGACCUGGUUUGGUUUCUCCGUACAGACACUCUGGGCUGCAUCUUGUGGUGUCAGAUGGGACAGUGAACUCCCCACUAAUGCAGAGUAUUUAACUGGUACCUGUCCGGUAACUGAGCUGUUUGCAUUAUCAGUGCACCCCUAAUUUGUAAAUUGCCAUUUGUUUUUAAAAACUUAGGGUAAGGGUCAUGUGUGUCAAGUUGUAUAUCUGAAAAGUUCUGUUUACGGUUUUUGUUUUUUAAUUAAGCUUUACAGCUGUCUUCCUUUGACUGUCACUUCAUUAUUUCUAUUUAAAAGUAAAAGCAAAAAAAAAAAAAAGACGAGUGAGGAAGAGAUUGUGGAUUUAAGUCCAUUUUUAAGUAGCUUUUCUGCCUUUUUGUAUGAGAUGGCAGCAAUGUCAGAGCAGUAUUUUAAUCGAGAUGAACCAAAAGCCCAUUUUAAAAUCGACCUGAGUAUAUAUCAGGUAAUUCAGAUGUCAUUAUUUGAAGGUGGUGUUGGCAGCAACUCGAGGGAGGUUCAGAUGGGGGAAUGAAUUUACUGCUGUACUUCACAAGCUGCUCCGCUGCAGCUCCACCUCGUCAGCGGUGCGCUCAUUUCAUCAUGUCCGUCACUGACGUACAGCAUGUAGGAACUCAGGUGCAAGCGAACGAGACUGAAUGAAUGAAAUGAACGAAGAUUGUAUUUUUCCAGCAGGUUUGAUUUGCUCAAACAGCAAAUGUCCAUAUUUAAGCUUGGGUUGGCACUUUGUUAGAGACAGUGCUAUGCAGCAGAGUGUGCAGUGAAAUGUAACUGAAGCGAUGUCCACGUCCCAGGAUGAAUGAAUGAGGUUUUUUUUUUUUUCCUUUUUUUGUUUUUGUCUUAACUGACAGUAUGAAAUUGUAACACCACUCCCUUGUUCAAUAACUGAUGGUCCACUCCUGAAAUGGAACGUGUAGACGCAGCUGGAUGUGAACCAGAGAGGUAGCGACUACCUGGCUGUCCAUUGUGCCCGAUAGAUGUAAUUAGUUUUUCACAUAUAUUUGUUCGAGCGGAGAAGAGAUCUCAAUAAAGCCAUAUUCAGUGGUGCACAUCAUCAGUUCUAAUAAUGGUUGAAUUCAGCUUGUGCCUCCUGUAUCACAUCUUUACUUCCUGGUUGUUGAUUUUAUUACUGUAGUUCAAGAAAAGUGAAUAUAUGUGAGGGAGAAUUCACAAUACUGGUAAGAGACUUUAGUUCAGGAAAUCUAGCGGCAGAGCAGGAGACAGACGGGUUUAACUGAGCUCUGAGUGAGAACACAAACUGCCUGUAAAUACUGAUUUAAUAAAAUGAUUUGUCAAAAAAAGUCA